AUGUACAUGUUUGACCAUAUGCAUUAUUGUGAAGAAAAUAAUAAGCUCACAUUAUUUGGACAGAAUUUUUCCAAACAUUUGGAAAAUGUCACCACCUUACAGAUGACCACCAAUCUCUCAAACUGCCUCAAAAAUGAAGAUUACGAGUCUUUCAAAGCCAUCAGGUCUUCCAAAGGCAUGUGGACUAUCAUACCAAGUGGGAGGUUUGGCAACCUCAUGGGACAAUAUGCAACAUUGUUUGCUUUGGCCAGGUUAAACAAGAAACAAGCCUACAUUUUUCCAAAUAUGGCGAAUAGCCUGUCUCAGACCUUCAAACUUACUCUUCCCAUGCUUCACCAAGAAACAAAGACCCAGAUCCCUUGGCAAAACUAUCACAUUGCUGACUGGAUGGAUGAAAAGUAUAAAAAUAUCUUAGGAGACUACAUUAAACUCUCUGGAUAUCCAUCCUCUUGGACAUUCUACCAUCACAUUCGAGAAGAAAUACUGCGUGAGUUCUCUUUUCAUGAGUAUGUCACAGAGAAGGUCAACUUGUAUUUAACAAAAAUAACAGCACAGCGUCAAAAUGUUACUUUUGUUGGUGUUCAUGUUCGAAGAGGAGAUUAUGUGCAUGUCAUGCCAAAGAUAUGGAAGGGUGUCAUUGCAGAUAGAAACUACCUGGAGAAAGCCAUGGCAUACUUCAGAAAUAAGUACAAGGAUGUUAUCUUCAUAGUGACAAGCAAUGGAUUAGAUUGGUGUCGUAAGAAUAUCAAUACCUCCAAUGGAGAUGUUUACUUCUUAGGAGAUGGGAAUGAAUCUAAACCACAAACAGACUUUGCUAUUCUUGCUCACUGCAACCACACCAUAAUGACCAUUGGCACUUUUGGAUUCUGGGCUGCCUACCUUGCUGGUGGGGAUGUCAUCUACCUCACAAACUUCACUUUACCUGACUCACCUUUCCUUAAAGUGUUUAAGUACGAGGCAGCCUUCCUGCCAGAAUGGAUUGGGAUUGCUGCUGAUCUCUCACCUCUUCUGAACCAGAGCCUUAACGUUUAA